AUGGACACUCUUCGCCUUGCUUCCGUCUCCGACUGCUCGUUCCAGUCCUCCUUCCUCGCGCCUUCCUCCCAGGCCCUGAAAUCUCGCACGGGGGCUUCCACUGUCGCCGUCUCUCACGGUGUCUCGCGUCCGUCGCCUACAGUCGCCUCUCAGUUCAGCGACUCGCAGAGGCGUCGCUACAUUUCCCCGACCCGCCGCCCCGCUCCCGGCGCCGCCGCAGCCGCGCCGUCGUCUGGCACGCUCUAUCCUACGCUCGUUGGCCCCGCCAGCUACGAGACCGACGAUGAGGGCGCCGGGACGCCAACUUGCCCGUUCGAGGCGGACGCCGCCAGCCGCGUCAUCACGGUGAGCGCAUGGGAGGAGUUCGAUUCCCUCCUGGCGGCGGCAUCCGCGCGCGGCCAGCUCGUCGUGGUGGAAACCACCUUGUCUUCGCUCCCCAACACCGCGAAGAACUACCCCAAGCUUCAGCAGAUCGCGCGCGUCGCACCCGGUCGCACGCUGUUUCUGCGACUCAUGGCUGAUCGCAGCGACGUGCUGCGCGACCUGGCGAAGUCGCUAGGCGUGAAGCAGAUUCCGUCGUACUCGAUUUUCAGGGACGGGCAGAUGGUGCACGAGGAGCCUGGCAUGGACGUGGAUAGGCUGCUGCUGCAGCUGCAGUAUUACAGCAGCAGCGGGAGCAACCUCGGGAUGAACGCCGCGGAUAGAUCCGAGGGCGGUAGCGUGUACAGCGGAAGCACGGACACGGAGCAGGACGGGAAAGUGCUUGAGCUGAACGGUCGCGAGGAUUUCUAUGAGCUGCUGCGCCGGCACGAGAACGACGAUCGGUUGGUUGUGCUGAAAGCGACGCUGACGUUCUGUGGCCCGUGCGUGCGGAUUCAUCCGACGGUGGUGAAGCUCGCGCAGCGCAUGUCGGACACUGCGGUCUUAGCGCGUGUGUUUGGUGACAAUAACGAGUCGACGGUGACGCUUAUGCGGGAGCUGAAUAUUGUCGAGGCGCCCACAUUCUUGUUCUACAGGAGGGGGGAGCUGCUGGGGCGGUAUGUGGGUUCUGGCAGGGGGGCUUUGCUUGUCCGUCCGCGCAUGGCUUUCGCUGGGUGGCUGCGCCGAGGCAGCAGCCACCGAAGGGCCGUAAGCGCGCUGAACUCCCCGCUUCCGCUUCAGCUACUUCGACAGCUCGCUCCUGCCGCCAUUGCCGCGAGCUACCUGGCGGAAGGCUUAGCGCAAGGUUCGCCUGCUGCGGAGAGUUUCCACAGCAGGGCUACAGGCGUGUGCGGAAGCGGAGGGUCCGCGGUGCAGUCUUCCGCCAGCCCGCCAGGCGGAUGGCGGCAUCUGGGGAAUCAGGGGGGCAGCGGGGAGGAGGAUUCGGACAAUGACCAUAGCGUGGACGUCACGCCGUGGGUCCGCAGUGUCGCCAGCGGGGUGGAUCUCCUGCGCAACCCCAAGUACAACAAGGGGCUGGCCUUCACAGAGGAGGAGCGCAACCGCCUUUACCUCAACGGGCUGCUGCCUGCUGGCUAUAUGAGCCAGGACCAUCAGGUUGACAGGGUGUUGGCGAAUCUGAAAGAGGCACAGUCGGACCUGCAGCGCUAUGUGCACCUCAUGGCGCUGCAGGAGCGCAACGAGCGGCUCUUCUAUCGCGUGCUGGUGGACCACGUUGAGCAGCUCAUGCCCAUCGUCUACACCCCCACAGUGGGCCUGGCGUGUGAGCGCUUUGGGCUGCUGUUCCGGCGGCCGCGGGGGCUGUUUGUGUCGCAGCGGGACCGCGGGCGGGUGAUGGAGCUGCUCAAGAACUGGCCGGAAAGACGUGUGCGGGCGAUUGUGGUCACUGAUGGGGAGAGAGUGCUUGGGCUUGGGGACCUGGGAGUGCAGGGCAUGGCAAUAGCCGUGGGCAAGUUAACACUCUAUACGGCUUGCGGAGGCAUUCACCCAGCAGAGUGUCUGCCUGUGACCAUCGACGUGGGCACCAACAACCAGGCUCUGCUCAAGGACCCUUUCUAUCCUGGGCUCAGGCAACCGCGUGCCACAGGAGAGGAGUACGACGAGCUGAUAGACGAGUUCAUGGAGGCUUGCAAGCAGCGGUUUGGGUCGGACGUGCUGAUUCAGUUUGAGGACUUUGCCAACCACAACGCCUUCCGCCUGCUCUUCCAGUACCGCGGCUCUCACCUCGUGUUCAACGACGAUAUCCAGGGAACAGCAUCAGUGGCCCUGGCAGGGCUGCUGGCGUCUCUACCCCUGCUGGGCUCAUCCCUGUCCAACCAGACCAUCCUCUUCUUCGGGGCUGGCGAGGCCGGCACCGGCAUUGCCGAGCUGCUGGCGACCGCAAUCAGCAGAGAGGCGAACAUAUCCCUGGCGGAGGCUAGAGGCCGCAUUUGGCUCGUGGACUCCAAGGGUCUAGUGGUGCGCAGCAGAGUGGACUCGUUGCAGCCUCACAAGGUUCCCUUCGCGCAUGACCACCCCGAAUCAGCUGAUCUCGUGGAGACCAUCCAUGCCAUACGGCCAACAGCGCUGAUAGGGGUGUCAGGGCAGGCAGGGACGUUCACCCAGCCAGUGUGUGAAGCCAUGGCCCAACUCAACGAGCGACCCAUCGUCUUCGCUCUCUCCAACCCCACGUCGCUCUCUGAGUGCACAGCAGAGGACGCGUACAAGUGGACUCAGGGUCGGGCCAUAUUCGCCAGUGGCAGCCCGUUCGCCCCAGUAGAAAUGGAUGGGAGGCGGUUCGUGCCAGGGCAGGGAAACAACGCGUAUGUGUUUCCGGGGAUCGGCCUGGGCUGCCUCAUGUGUGGCGCCACCAGGAUGAGAGACGAGAUGUUCCUCGCUGCUGCCGAGGCACUGGCUGCACAGGUGAGCGACGAUGACAGGGAGCAGGGGCGCGUGUACCCACCCAUCUGGAAGAUUCGGCAGAUCUCAGCCCACAUCGCCAGGGCCGUUGCUGCCAAGGCGUAUGACCUCGGCGUGGCAACGAACUUGCCCAGGCCACCUGACCUCCUGUCCUACGCCUUCAGCAAAAUGUACAACCCUCACUACAGAAGCUUCCGAUGA